GGCAGGGGAAGGACGCCGGGGGUGCCCGCAGACGCUCCCCGAUGGUGCCGGCCCGCACGGGCAGCUCUGCCCCCGCUGGGCGUUGGUGCUCCUGCCAGCCUGGGGGGCGGGCGGGUGGAAAGCUCAUCCCCAUCACCCUGAACACCAUGGCCAUUUAAUCCUUCACCCAUUAACUUGGACUAAUAAACCUCGCGGGAGCGAGAGGCUAAAAGCCGUGCUUGCUCCAGCACCGUGCUGUCAGUGCCGCUCCUGCUGCCACCAUGGCAGCCGGCUUCUUCAUCAGCAAGACCGUGGGCAUCGUGGCCAUCGUGCUGGGCGUGGGCGCUGUGGCCACCAUCAUUGCACUCUCGGUGGUGUACGCGCAGGAAAAGAACAAGGUGACAUCGGAUGUGGGCACCACCACCACAGUUAGACCCGGCACCACAGUUCGCCCUGGCACCACAGUUAGACCUGGCAUCACCACCACUGCCACCACUGCCACCACUGCCACCACUGCCACCCCUGCUCCCAGCAACCCCUGGAACAGAUGGAGGCUACCAGCCACGUUGAGGCCGGAGAGCUACGAGGUGACCCUGCAGCCCUUCCUGACUCCCGAUGCCAACGGCAUGUACAUCUUCAGGGGCAACAGCAGCGUGGUGUUCGUGUGCGAGGAAGCCACCAACCUCAUCCUCAUCCACAGCAACAAGCUGAACUACACCAGGCAGGGGCUCCACCUUGCCAGGCUGCAGAUAGUGGGUGGUAUCUCGGCCCCUCUCAUCACCCGCACCUGGCUGGAGACUUCCACCCAGUACCUGGUGGUGAGGCUGUUCAGUAACCUGCGGCCGGGCCGGCGGUACCGCCUGACCACCGUCUUCACCGGGGAGCUGGCCGAUGACCUGGCUGGCUUCUACCGCAGCGAAUACACGGACGAGGCAGGCAACAAGAUGGUGGUGGCCACCACGCAGAUGCAGGCGCCUGACGCACGCAAAGCUUUCCCGUGCUUUGAUGAGCCGGCCAUGAAAGCCAACUUCACAGUGACCCUGAUCCACCCCCCCAAUUAUACAGCCAUUUCCAACAUGCCUGCCAAAAACACCAGGGAGCAGCUUAUUAAUAACGAGACCUGGGCUGUCACUGAGUUUGAGACCACCCCCCGGAUGUCCACGUACCUUCUGGCCUUCAUUGUCAGCCCGUUCAGCUAUGUGGAGAAUAACUCCUCAAAACCACUGAUCCGCAUCUGGGGCCGCCCCAAAGCCAUCACAGAAGGCCAGGGCGACUACGCGCUCAGUGUCACUGGCCCCAUCCUCAACUUCUUUGAGCAGUACUACAACACGCCGUACCCGCUCCCAAAGUCUGACCAGGUUGGCCUCCCCGAUUUCAAUGCGGGCGCGAUGGAGAACUGGGGGCUGGUGACCUACCGGGAGAACUCCCUGCUCUUCGUUGAUGGCUUCUCCUCCAUUGGCAACAAGGAGCGGGUGGUGACCGUCAUCGCCCACGAGCUGGCACACCAGUGGUUUGGGAAUUUGGUGACGCUGCGCUGGUGGAACGACCUGUGGCUGAACGAGGGCUUUGCCUCGUACGUGGAGUACCUGGGCGCCGACCAUGCUGAGUCCAGCUGGAACAUUAAAGACCUGAUGGUGCUGAAUGAGGUGCACGAUGUGAUGGCGACUGACGCCCUGGCCAGCUCCCACCCGCUCUCCUUCCCCGAGGAGGAGAUCAACACCCCAGCCCAGAUCAGCGAAGUCUUCGACAGCAUCGCCUACAGCAAGGGAGCGUCGGUGCUGCGGAUGCUCUCGAGCUUCCUCAGCGAGGACAUCUUCAAGGAGGGACUGCAGUCCUACCUCCACGCCUUCUCCUACAACAACACCAUCUACAGUGACCUCUGGGCCCACCUGCAACAGGCGGUGGAGAGGAACAACGUCCAACUGCCUGGCACUAUCAGCAGCAUCAUGGACCGCUGGACGCUGCAGAUGGGCUUCCCUGUGGUCACUGUCAACACCGCCGACGGCACCGUCACCCAGAAGCAUUUCCUGCUGGACCCCAACUCUACUGUGGACAGACCCUCUGACUUCAACUACACCUGGAUCGUCCCCAUCACCUGGAUGACAGGCACUGGCCAAGGCAGCGGCAACUACUGGCUGACCGAAGUCUCAGACACCAACAGCAACUUCGCGCUCAGCUCCACCUGGCUGCUGCUGAACCUCAAUGUCACUGGCUACUUCCGUGUCAAUUACAACCAGGAGAACUGGGAUCGGCUCCUCAACCAGCUUGCCGAUGACCAGACGGCCAUCCCUGUGAUCAACCGUGCCCAGAUCAUUGACGACGCCUUUAACCUGGCCAGGGCCAAGUACGUCAACGUGACCCUGGCCCUGGACACGACGCUGUUCCUGAGCCAGGAGACGGAAUACAUGCCCUGGCAGGCAGCGCUCAACAACCUGCAGUACUUCAAGCUGAUGUUUGACCGCAGCGAGCUGUUCGGGAACAUGACGAAAUACAUGAGGAAGCAGGUGAAACCUCUCUUCGUUCACUACAAUAGCACCACUAAUAACUGGCAAAACACCUCCAACGAUGACCUGAUGACCCAGUACAACCAGGCCAAUGCCAUCAGCACCGCCUGCUCCUAUGGUGUCCCCGAGUGCCAGGACUUGGCUACCCGCUACUACGAAGAGUGGCAGAGUACCAACAGCAACCCGGUCCCCCCGAACCUGCGCUCAGCCAUCUACUGCAGCAUGGUGGCCACGGGGGGGGCGGACGCCUGGGAUUUCCUCUGGCAGAAGUUCCAGGAGGCCCACGUGGUGUCCGAGGCUGACAAGCUCCGCUCAGCCCUGGCCUGCAGCCCCCACCCCUGGAUCCUCAACCGGUACCUGCAGUACACCCUGGACCCCACGAAGAUCCGCAGGCAGGAUGCCACCUCCACCAUCAACAGCAUUGCCAGAAACGUUGUGGGGCAGCCCCUGGUCUGGGACUUCAUCCGUGGCAACUGGAGGACGCUCUUCACCCAGUAUGGAGGCGGCUCCUUCUCCUUCUCCAACCUGAUUUCAUCUGUGACCCAGCGCUUCUCCACAGAGUUUGAGCUGCAGCAGCUGGAGCAGUUCAAGAAAGACAACGAGGACAUCGGGUUUGGCUCGGGGACGCGGGCGCUGGAGCAGGCGCUGGAGCGGACCCGUGCCAACAUCAACUGGGUGAAGGAGAACCAGGCGGCCGUGAGGGACUGGUUCAGCCAGCAGAGCGGCGGUGCAGCGGUGUGAGGGGCAGAGCUAACAGCAGGAGCUGCAGCUCCCCGGCCCCAGGACGGAGCUGGCCCGCCGCCGGCUCCCCUCACUCCAUCCCCGCAGGCCCCAGGCCCGCCAUGGCCGCGGGGAGCUCCGGGGCCUUGGGAGGGCCGGGCUCGGCCUGCUGCACUCUGGGGGUGUAAAUAAAUCACGGGUGUAAAUAAAAACCCGCCCGGCGCCCAGGGGCGGCCUGGGUGCUGG